UCGCGCUCACUCUGCCCACCAUGAGCAUCAUGACGUACAAUGGCGCCGCCAUCAUCGCCAUGAAGGGCAAGGACUGCGUGGCGAUCGCGUCGGAUACCCGGCUGGGCAUCCAGGCAAUGACGGUGGCGACGGACUUCCAGAAGGUCUUCAAAAUCCACGACUACCUGUAUCUGGGCAUGGCCGGGCUUGCGACGGACGUGCAGACGCUGGACGCACUGUUCCAGUUCAAACACAACAUGUUUGCGCUCCGGGAGAACCGCAACAUGUCGCCGUCAGCCUUUCUGGCGAUGGUCUCUUCGACGCUGUACUCGAAGCGGUUUGGCCCGUACUUUGUGGAGCCUGUUGUGGCCGGCCUCACGGUCAAGCCUGACGGAAGCGUGGAGCCGUACGUGGGCGGCACCGACCUGAUCGGCUGCAUCUCAUCACCGGAUGGCUUUGCCGUCUCGGGCACCAUGUCCGAGGCCCUCUACGGUCCGUGCGAGUCGAUGUACAAGCCCGAUCUCGAGCCUGAGGACCUGUUCGAGACCAUCUCGCAGUGCAUGCUCGCCGGCGUCGACCGCGACGCUGUCUCGGGCUGGGGCGUCGUCGUCCACAUCAUCACCAAGGACGAGGUCAUCACACGCCACCUCAAGAACCGCAUGGACUAGACAUGGCUGACGCACUGCUGCGCGAUGAAAUGAACUCUGAUUGGCGUUAGA